AUGCCCGCAAAACGUAAAAGGAACAUGUCGCAGCAAGAAACUCCCCCAUCCACCGAGCCAACGCGUCGAAGGAGUGAUCGCAACCUGGAAAAGCUCUCUGCGGCCUCCGAUGCGGUAAAGGCCGACCCGACCGCCAAGCUUGGCGUGCUGAACGAUGGACUCGGGAACGGGGAGAGAAGACCACGAGCCCGGGGCAAGAACUCCUACGAGAGCAGAAAGGAUGUGGAACGCGCCGUGCGCAAUCUGCAAGCCAUGGAAAGCGAGCUGCAGACUACGGUCCGGAAUCAGCGCAAGGCCCUCGAGACGUCAGAGGUGAAACCUAUUGGCGAUGAAGCGACCGACGGAGACGCAACCAUGCCGCUCCAUCCCACCCUGCCACCACGACAGGGCAAGCAAGUCGUAAACGAGGGCGAAGAUCGCUGCGCCAACUCGGUCGAGCAAGCACCUUUGGACGGCCGCAAGGCUGAGCUGGCAGAGGGCGACAUAGCUGCCGCCGCCAGGGACGCCGAGGCAGAGGACGACGGGGUGCAAAGGGGCGCGCGACGACCGCCCCCGGUCAAUAGUGAGAUUCUACCACUUCCGUGGUCAGGUCGCCUGGGCUAUGCAUGUCUCAACACUUAUUUGAGAGCUUCGAACCCAACGGUCUUCUCCUCCAGGACCUGUCGCAUGAGCUCAAUUGUUGAGCAUCGCCACCCGUUGCGCAACCCCGACGAGCCCGAGCAUGCGACAAAGAACCGACCUGACAAGGAACAGCCGGCGGACAUUGAGAGGGGCCAGAGGUACCUGCAAGAGAUGGGCCUUGCCAACGCCAGGGACAUUGUCAAGAUGCUGCGGUGGAACGAGAAGUACGGUAUCCGAUUCAUGCGACUCAGCAGCGAGAUGUUCCCCUUUGCGAGCCAUGCCGAGCACGGAUACGCGCUGGAACCCUUUGCCGCGGAAGCCCUGGCGGACGCCGGUAAAGUUGCUGGGGAACUGGGCCAUCGACUGACGACACAUCCGGGCCAAUUCACUCAACUUGGUAGUCCGAGGAAGGAGGUAAUUACGGCAGCGAUACGAGACCUGGAGUAUCACGCAGAAAUGCUGUCCCUGCUCAAGAUGCCAGAGCAGCAGGACCGGGAUGCGGUCAUGAUCCUGCACAUGGGCGGCACGUACGGGGACAAGGCGGCCACCCUCGACCGCUUCCGCGAGAACUAUAAAACGGUAUCGCAAAACGUCAAGAACAGGCUGGUUUUGGAGAACGACGACGUUUCGUGGACGGUGCACGAUCUCCUGCCGAUUUGCGAGGAGCUCAACAUCCCCAUGGUGCUGGAUUUCCACCACCACAACAUCCUCUUCGACGACAGUGUGCGCGAGGGCACUCUCGACAUUAUCGGAUUGUACGACCGCAUCGCCAAGACGUGGUCGCGCAAAAAUAUCCGGCAGAAGAUGCACUACAGCGAGCAGACGUCCGCCGCCAUUACCCCACGAGAGCGACGCAAACACUCGGCGCGCGUGCGUACCCUGCCGCCCUGCCCCAACGACAUGGACCUCAUGAUCGAAGCUAAGGACAAGGAGCAAGCCGUCUUUGAACUGAUGCGGACCUUCAAGCUGCCCGGCUGGUCCACGUUUAACGACAUUGUGCCUUUUGAGCGCGACGACGAACCCAGAAAGGCCGUGAAGAAGGAGGACGACGAGGAAGGGGAUGAUGAAAACAAUGCAGCGACGCAACAGGAUGGCGUGAACGAGGACGACGGUAUCGAGGUGCCAGAGAGAGUUUCCCGGGCCUUCCUCGAGUGGUUCAAGUCCAUUCCUGGCGCUACGUUCUCGGACGCCAUCGAGCUUGUCGACCUGCGCUCCGCGAAUGCUGGGCGAGGAAUCAUUGCCACAAAAGACAUUGAGGAAGACAGCAUUCUCUUCACAAUCCCCCGAACUCACAUCCUCAGCAAGCAGACCUCGGCGCUUGUGUCAACACUGCCCCAAGUUUUCGAUGCGGAUCAAGCGCCUGCUGACCCAGAGAAUGGUUUCGCGGUCAAGCAGGAUCGAUGGACGUCUUUGAUCCUGGUCAUGCUGUACGAGUUUCUCCAAGGCGAUGCAUCGUCAUGGAAGCCAUAUUUUGAUGUGCUCCCAGAGAGCUUCAACACGCCCAUGUUCUGGUCUGACGCGGAGCUCGACGAGCUUCAGGGGAGCGCGACACGUCAAAGGAUCGGAAAGGAGGAAGCGGAGGAAAUGUUCAGGACAAGGAUUAUCCCAGUUAUCCGUCAGAAUGCCUCAGUGUUCCCGCAACAGGAAGCUGUGAGUGAUGAUCAGCUAGUAGCGCUGGCCCACCGCAUGGGGAGUUUAAUCAUGUCCUACGCAUUUGACCUGGACAAGGACGACGACAGCGACGAGGAGGACGAGAAUGAGGAUGGAUGGCAAGUGGACCGCGACGAUGAGCUUUUGAUGGGCAUGGUACCCAUGGCCGACAUGCUCAACGCAGACGCUGUUUUCAAUGCCGUCAUCAACCACGCUGCAGAUUCAUUGACUGCAACAGCCACAAGGCCUAUCAAGGCAGGAGAGGAGAUUCUCAACUUUUACGGUCCUCUAGCAAACUCGGAAUUGCUCAGGAGAUACGGCUACGUGACCGAGGCGCACAUGCGCCACGACGUGGUCGAGAUUUCCCCCGAGGUCAUCGAGGCAGCCGUCAAAGCAGAACUGCAAGUCGACGACUCGGUCCUGGAGAAAGUGCGCGCAAAGCUCGAGGAGCGCGAUCUGGCCGACGAAGGCGCCGUCAUCGAAUGGGACACGAGCGCCGUGGAAGACGAUGGCACAUUGUUGGCACAGGAUCUCUCGCGCGACUCGCUCGAGGAGCUCAACGCGUUGCUUGAGGCGUAUCUGAAAUAUGUGGAAAAGUACAGCCAAGAUCGCAAGAGGCCGCGCGAGGACGCUGCCAUCAGCAUACUACGACGAAUCGUGCACGACAUUCAGGCGAAAUACACCACGUCGCUGGAAGAGGACCAGCGUUUGCUCAGCUCGCUGGGGGCCAUGGAUCGACGGAAGAUGGCGGUCGUCGUGCGGCUGGGGGAGAAGAUGGUCUUGCAAAAGCUGCAGUCUGUAGCCAUGGGCGCACAGUCAGAUCAAGGGCCUGGGGAGGGGAGCAAGCGCGCGAGAACUUCGAAUUGA